AUGUCAACCCAAAAUGAACCAUUCUACCUCCGUUACUACUCAGGUCACUCUGGGCGGUUCGGACAUGAGUUUCUAGAGUUCGACUUCCGUACCCUUGGCGAUGGCCGCAGUGCUGCCGUGCGAUAUGCGAACAACUCCAACUACCGCAAUGAUUCUCUGAUUCGGAAAGAAAUGUGCGUGAGCGCGUCGAUGAUUCAGGAGGUGAAGCGCAUUAUCAAGGAGAGUGAGAUCAUGAAGGAGGAUGACUCCAAAUGGCCCCAGAAGAACAAGGAUGGACGUCAGGAACUUGAGAUUCGGCUUGGGAAUGAGCAUAUCUCCUUUGAGACUGCGAAAAUCGGCUCAUUGGUGGAUGUGACUGAAUCUGCGGACCCGGAAGGCCUGCGAGUGUUCUACUAUCUCGUCCAGGACCUGAAGGCCCUCAUCUUCUCGCUUAUUUCGCUCCAUUUCAAGAUCAAACCUAUCUAA